AUGCGUACUACCUACAAUUUUUUUCAGUCGCUACUAUGGAUAUGUCUUAUUUACACACUUUUGAAUCCUGAUCUGCAUGUUGCUGCAGCUAAGCUGAAGGUAAGAAGUGGUGGUGAUAAACAAAACUCAUUUGUGGAAGAAGAGACAGAUUGGAGUAAUUGGAACACAAUAAAAGAGUACAAUAUUUCUGGAACUGGAGGUAAAAAAGAAAGAACAAUGCAGUUCACAGUACCUCAAGAAAAAGGAUGGGAAGUUUUUACCGAAAUCGAUAGUGAAGAAGUCAUAAUACCACGUACUAUAAAAAUGACUAAAGCACCACAUAAAGUGCCCCCAACAGAAGAAGUAACUCACAAGUCAAAAGCAGAAAUUAAUGUUGAUAGAAGAGUUUCAAAAAAGAAACCAGAAGAUGAAGAGGAAGAGAAAACAACAGAUAAGAAACAUACCAAAAAGCCAGAAGAAGAUGAAGAAGGUCCAGAGUAUGAACGAGACUUUCAAAGAGAAAUCAGAAUUGGACGCAAAAGGAAAGGCAAAAAAGUUGGUGAAGAAGUUUCAAUAAAAUUACCUAAAGAAGUUCGAAAGUCAAAUGAUCCAGCUUUUUAUAAGGAUUAGAAGAUACACAAGAAGGAAGAAAAAACAUUAUGGUGCAUACAUCUAACCAUAUAGAAAAUCAAAUGUUUCUAACAUGAAGAAAAUCACCGAAAGAUAACGUUUUAAUUUUCAAUAUUUUCUCUUUAUAUUUUUAAAAUCCAAUUCAUUAUGUAAAAAACUUGUAUUACUGUUUUGUUUAAAUGGAUGAUGAACGGUUGGUAGUAAGUAAAAGUGAAAGUUUGCACACAUGUUUUAUUGGCAGAUAAUUCCUAUUUAAACAUUAAAAUUAAAAACA